AGGAUUGCGCUCGCGAGCCUUUGUGUUUCACUUCUAAUAUCUCACAUAUCAAUAAUUGAGCGCGCGAGCAGACGGACUCCACGCGCUAUGUAUUCUACUGCGCGCGAGCUCGGUAAGGGCCUUGAUCCGCUUAAAGUCGGCUCUUCCACUACGGACUGAGACGGGAACGAGGGGGAAAACUCUUGUAGUUUUGACUUGAACUGUUUGGAAGGACUUCGUUUUACAGUGAGGACAGGUUUGGAGUGAUUUUGGUUUGGGAUUUGAGCGCGCUGUGUCUGUGGGAGAAGACUGCUGUUAGGUGCGGAGUGAAGUUGGCAUGAUGUUGACGUUGGUGCUAGGCGCAGUGUGGUUAGUGUGCCAUGCAUACGCACAGAACGAGACAGAACCCAUCGUACUGGAGGGGAAAUGCUUGGUCGUGUGCGACUCAAAUCCCACCUCGGAUCCCACUGGGACGGCUCUUGGGAUAUCGGUGCGCUCGGGAAGCGCCAAAGUGGCUUUUUCCGUGGUGAGGAACACGAACCACGAGCCGUCGGAGAUGAGCAAUCGAACAAUGGUGAUCUACUUCGAUCAGGUACUUGUGAACGUCGGUAGAAGUUUUGAUGAGGAAAGGAGCAAUUUCUUCGCCCCGCGCAAAGGGAUAUAUAGUUUUAAUUUCUACGUAGUGAAAGUGUAUAAUCGUCAAACGAUCCAGGUGAGCCUGAUGCACAAUGGCUGGCCAGUGAUCUCCGCCUUCGCCGGGGAUCAGGACGUCACACGCGAAGCGGCCAGUAAUGGUGUUCUGAUUCAAAUGGAGAAAGGUGACCGCGCAUACCUCAAGCUGGAGCGAGGCAACCUGAUGGGCGGCUGGAAGUACUCCACCUUCUCCGGCUUCCUGGUCUUUCCUCUGUAGAGGAGGGGCAUGCCACGGAGGGACUAUUGCUCUUUAGCUUGCCAGCUUGUGGGAGAUAGAAGGGAUAUGAGGGCA